AUGACUACCUUUCACUUCAACGGUCAACAGCUAGAUAAUGACCUAGUGACAUCAAUAUCUUCCCUUCUCGACGUUAUUAAUGUCCCGAAUCUGCUUUGGGGCAACUAUCUGUUAACUGUCUACGGAGUCCCGACGGUUGUUGAUGUUAGUAUCCUGUCCAGAAAUGACUGGUUUUCGAACAUCACUAACACUAUGAAGGACGUGUCCUUCGUCGUACCCGAUGCACUUAUCGAAAUCUCCUUUUCCACCAUCGCUGAGGCUGGCUUUCAUCUCUGCUCGCGAUAUUUAGACUGCCCACAUUCAAAUUCAAUUCAAUGCCAGCCACCCUAUAAGCACCUACAUAUCGAUGAUGAGCUUGCGAUAUUUUUGCACAAAAAGUCUGAUGUGCUUUGGGAAUUCCCAGAAUUUGAGGCUGCUUUCCACGACUCCAGUGCGGACAUUAUGUUCGCAUCUGACGCGAGGCUUCCUCCAGCUACUUUAGGUCGCGGUCGAGGGCGUUUUCCACACCUAAGUUCCGUCCGAAUCCCUAGUGCCUCGAGAUACUGUGAGGCUCUUAUCCUUUUGCUUUGUCGAGAUUACGGAACUACCCGCGAGACUUACUGGUUGGCAAUUUUGACGUAUAUGCUAGAGUUCGUUGAUGGAACGGACAUUUUUAAUGAAGGAGGUCUAAGAGAGGGGCAUAAACAGUUUUAUCAUGCCCUAAAACUGGGCGAUCCAACUAUGUAUCCAAUAUUGGAGGAACUCCGCCGUGACUUUAUAAAGCGGCGGCUCCUACAAGUCAGGCAAGAUUGA